UCUAGGGGGCACAUCACUUCCGGUCAUGUCAGGCGACUGCUGCCCUUUCACAGAAGAUACUUUCAGCCGCUUCCCUUCACAGAGCAAUGUGUACGGUCUGUCGGUUCUGCCGUGCACCGGGGGCGCCGGUCACGAGCUGCUGGCCGCCACCCUGAAGGGUAAAGUGACCAGCUUCAAGUACCAGGAGCUGCGGGACAAGCUCCGCGCCGGCGGCCGGGAGCUGCAGUUCACCUAUAUACCAGUGGAUGCCGAGAUCGUCUCCAUUGAUUCCUUCAGCAAGUCACCUCCAAAGCGAGGUCUGGUGGUGGGGAUAACAUUUAUUAAGGACUCCGGAGACAAGGCGAGCCCCUUCCUGAAUAUUUACUGUGACUAUGAGCCGGGAUCUGAGUAUAAUCUGGACUCCAUUGCCCAGAGCUGCUUAAAUUUGGAGCUGAAGUUCACCCCUUUCCAGCUGUGUCAUGCAGAGGUGCAGGAUGGAGACCAGCAGGAGACGGUGUUCCUAUUGGGAGGCAACGAUCAGUACAUUCACCUGUACAAAGAGAAUGAAGGACUGCACCAGUUUGAAGAACAACCAGUGGAAAAUCUUUUCCCAGAGCUGAGAGAUCUCCCCAGCAAUGUUACCUGGCUGAGUGUUCACAACAUCCCUGACACCCAGAGGCGGAUCACAGCGUACGGGUGUCAGAGCGGGUACUUCUGUGUGUCACAUGUAGACCAAGGAAAGCGAGAGAUUCUCCAGAGCUGGUCUCUGCAGCAGGAUGGUCCCCUUUCCAAGGUGCACAUAUUUAGUAUGCCCAAUGCAGGAGCAGAAGAAGCGUGCAGAUGGGAUGGCAUUGAGGAAGGCCAUACCUUUCAGGAGCAGUACAAUGUCCUGGUGACUAGCACCAUAGAGCUGUCUGCAGUAUAUUGGAACAUCUUGCAGAACGGCCUCCGAGAGCAGCUUCUCCUGCCAACCAGCGAUCAGUUUGACAGUGUGCUUUGUGCUGUGACAGCAGACAUCGAUUUUGAUGGACAACCUGAGAUUUUACUUGGAACAUACGGACAGGAGCUCCUGUGUUACAAGUACAUAGAGGGGCGUUUCCAACCUUUGUGGCAAAGAAGUUUCCCCAGCCCCCUGCUCUGCAUCGCCCACGUGGAUUUGACAUGGGACGGACUGUGUGAGCUGGCCAUUAUGUGUCUGAAAGGACUCCACAUACUGCAGCACAGCCUGGCGAAGACGUCACAGUGUCUGAUCCAGAGGCUCCGACAGCAGGUAGAGAAGGCCAGCGUGUCAGACAUGUCUCACGUGCAGAAAGGAGUCGACCCUUCGCCAGAUCCUUAAACCUGGUGCCUGGAACAUGAAUCGCUUUCCUAUCAGGACCUUAUACAUUAUAAUCUGGACAAAUCUGCCUUCUGAAUCCGUUACCACUGCUCAAAUAAACAGCUCAGGACGCAGGAGAGA